CCCCCCCCGCAAAGCCUCUCCUCCAACAUUUCCACAGAGACACAGACAGACAGGAUACCUGACAGACUUGGCAACACUGGGCGUUUCCAAACACUGCUGGAAGAGCAAGCUGAGUCUCUGCAGAGCACCGACACCGGCAGAUCACCAGCACCAGAGCCAAACGCGACCAACCAGCGACCUGAAGGAGCACAAGGCAGGACAGUCAGCAUGAGCAGGUUGUGCAAUCACUAUUGCAAAGAUGGACUUCCAACUUUGAAGUAGCAUGGAGCUAUCCAUUCUGUCAAAUCCUAAUCCUAAAUGUGGGGCAAAAAAGGUUCACCCUGCAGGACUUUGGUGUGGACAUAAUCGGACAGCAUUGCAAUAGAUGUCUGAUUAGCAAGGCGGAGGUGCAAGGCUUCAUCGAGAGGUGUAUGACAGCCGUGGGCACCAAGCCGCAUCACGCCUGCAGCCUGGCUGAGGUGCUGGUCGAGGGAGACCACAGGGGCCACUACAGCCAUGGACUCAACAGGAUGGACAUGUAUGUAAAGGACAUCCAGACAGGAAUCUGUGCCAAGGACGGUGAGCCGGUGGUGGAGAAGGAGAGUGCAGCCACAGCACUGGUGGAUGGGAAAAACCUCCUGGGUCCCGUGGUGGGAAACUUCUGUAUGAAUCUGGCCAUUAAGAAGGCCAAAGAAGCUGGCAUUGGCUGGGUGGUGGCAUACGGUUCCAACCACUACGGUAUUGCCGGAUACUACGCAAUGCAAGCUCUGAAGGAAAACAUGAUUGGCAUGUCAUUUACCAACACGUCCCCACUGGUGGUUCCCACUCGUGGUAAAGAGUGCACUUUGGGCACCAACCCCAUCAGUGUGGCAGCUCCAGCUAAAGAUGGAGACAGCUUUGUUCUGGACAUGGCCACAUCAGCAGUAGCACUUGGAAAGGUGGAGCUCCAUGAGCGGCGUGGAGACCCCAUCCCUGAGGGCUGGGGCUGUGACACCCAGGGCAAGCUGACCUCCGACCCUAAGAAAGUUCUGAGCGGAGGAGGACUGGUGCCCAUUGGUGGCAGUGAAGCCACAGGAGGGUACAAAGGCUAUGGUCUGGGAAUGAUGGUGGAAGUGUUCUGUGGUAUCUUGGCUGGUGCCCAGUACAGCAAACACAUCCGCACGUGGAAAGUAACAGACCGCGUUGCCAACCUGGGUCAGUGUUUUGUGGCAAUCAACCCAGAGAACUUUGCUCCUGGGUUCAAUGGCAGGAUGUCAGACCUGCUGUCCAUCCAGAGAGGGAUGGACCCUGCUGACCCCAACACUCCUGUUUUGGCUGCUGGAGAUCCAGAGAGAAUGAACAUGAAGAAGUGCGAGGAGAUGGGCGGGAUCCCCUACCACAUCAAUGUCAUUAACUACAUGAACGAAUGCGCUAAGAAAAUUGGUGUCAGCCCGCUGCUGCCAUGUGACAAGCUCCUCUCCAAUUAGUCGGCCCAGUCAAGAUUCCCAGCACUGGAAAUCUGGCACAUCUUGUUCACAUUAAGCAACUUGGGAAUGCAACUCUGUUUACGCACAUUAUAAAAGUUGACAAUCAUAUUUUAUUCAUUCUAACCACACUUGUCAGGUAUUUUAAUCUUUUUUAACUUCAUAAGAGUUUUAAUAAAAAAACUGUUUCGUAAUAAACGUGUGACAUAUAAAGGGCCUCCCUGAAACAUGUUUUUAAUUAUAUAUUUGUGUCUUGAGAGACUGCAUCCAAACGAAAUUUAAGAUGCUGUAUCUCUGACAGCAAAAUACGCACAUUCUUUGUCCAAAGCUGUUGUAAGUAGUAGCAUUGUGGCUCAUGGCUGGAUGUGAAUGAGUUUACAAAGUCUGAGUGUUACUGUUGAAAGAUAAGAUAAAGUCAGUGGGGUUUGUUGUCAUUAACUUGACAGUUAGGGCACUCUGUUAGUGAGCUGCUUUGCUGCAGUGCAAUUUUGUAACUGUACAGUAAUUACUAAUUGCUAUGAUGCACAAAUAUAUACAUUUUUUUUAAUGCUGAGAAGCAUUUUAAAUUGACCAUGAGAAUGUUUUACUACUUUACUAAAUCCUCUUUUUACCAUUCUUAUGUGCCUUAUUCAAUAAAAGCCAUAUAAACCAAAA